UUGUAAACCUAUUUUGUUUACCUUGGCUUUGCUCUUGAAUGAGAAAAAUAAAAGACGAAUAUUUACGUUCAGUCUUGUUGGCAUUUAACUAUGAAUAAAAGAAAAUUAGGAAUAAUGACUGGAUGUGGCACAACAAAGCAACCAAGACACUGGUCUUUAGGUCUGCUUGGAUCCAUGGAAGACCCGGAAUCAAUUGUGAAAAAGACUGAUAGCAUAGUUGCUAUUCGCGAUAAAUAUCCAAAAGCCAAAAUUCACUACCUUAUUUUACCCUUUGAAAAUAUCAACAGCAUCCAUGAGCUGAAUCUCACUCAUAUUCCACUGAUAGAAGAAUUUGGAAAGUUGUACCAAGAAUUAAAAAAGGAACAUACUGAUAGUACUUUGCGCGCCGGCUUUCACGCGGUGCCAAGUAUGCAAAGACUACACAUGCAUGUGAUAAGCACAGACAUGGUGUCCCCAUGUUUAAAAACAAAAGUACACUGGAAUAGCUUUACUACAGAUUUCUUCAUACCCUAUCAAGAUGUGCUCAAAGAACUCAAGGAAAAUGGCUCUAUCAAGAAAAUAUCCAGUGAACUACACAAAAGCCUGAUGGCAACAGAACUAGUGUGCAACCAAUGUGACUUCAAACCGAAAAACAUGCCACAACUCAAGGAGCACCUGGUAACACAUAUGAAAUAAAAUGUAUCUGUUUCAAGUUGCACUUUAGAGAUCAUAGUGCUAGCUAAUGAGAAGACAUAACUACUUUUCUUGUUUUUGUAUAAGUAAGAGACUAAUUAAAGCUAGGACUAGGUUAGGUAAAACAAAACUGUUUUUUGGGAAAGGGGAGGAAAUAACAGAAUGUUAUAUUUCAUCUGCAGGAGAAAGAGUGGAUCAUGUAAAAGUUUGUACAUCUAGAGUCAAUGUUUUAACAGAUGAAAAGUAUGGUAGUGAUAUUAAUAAGAGUGAACGGAGUGUUGCAUGCAUUAAUAAGUCAGAAGUUGUCCAAAUAGUCUUAUAUUACAGGUGUGUUAGUGCAAACACUUUUGUUUGGUGUGACAGAAGAAAAAUUAUUCAUUCAAAAUUGAAGUGUGGUAGGGAUGUUGUGAUGCAAAGGAAUAUAUAGAAAAGGGACAGCUUAGAUAGUUAGGUCAUGUGAAGUGUGAAGAGAGAAUGAAUGAAACCAAGCUGACUAAUAUAUAUAACGAGAGUUUGACUAGAAACAUUACAAGGGGAUGACUCUUAUUCUUACUUUUAGAAUAACCACAGAGCUACAAAGUUGUAAGAUAAAAAGUAUGCUUUUUAAAUGAUUAUGAAUAAACCUGCACUUAAAAACAGUCACACACUGAUCACAAAUUACUAAGUCAAUAAAGAUGAAAUUUGGCAGGAAGGUAGAUUAUAACUAUUCAAGCAGCAUCAAGAGAAAACGGGAUAUUUCGUUUUCCAUACAUACAUACAUAUGUUUACGUCUAUAUCCCUUGCGGGGUAGAUA